GGCCGAGCCAAUAUGGCGCGGGUCGCGGGACUUGCUCCAAUGGUCAAGAUGCGUCGAAGGAAACAGCACUCCAUGUGAUAUUGUAGCGUACGAAAUUGACCGACCAAAGUAUGCGAUGGAGUUCCAUGUCGCCCCACACCCAACAAACGAUGAAAACGUAGAUUCAGCACCGCUCGUACGGUGUGUAACCGUGACAGACGUGGCGCGGUGCGUCAAAACUAGGAGGCAGCCCCCCCCCCGCCGUCGCUCACCUGUUGAUCGUACUCAUCAGCAGCUGCAAGUGUCUACAGACGUCGAGCGGGCGGACAAAGCCAUACACUUGUGGAUCACAAAGCACAAAACUCCUCCUCGGCAAGACAUCAUCGUGUGGCUCCUUGAACGACUCGUGCUGGUACCACUGGCCGGCAGUCAGUAUCGCGUCGCAUUCACACACGAGCUCGUCCGCAGCUCCACCCCGAACAACCGGACGAACGAUGUACCAACUGACGAGAUUGCUCCACGCAGCGACAUAGGAUGGGACGAAGACGAGUUGCCCUGCUUUUCGGCCCCCUCAAACGACGACAGCGCGUACAACGACGAUGAAGACGAGGAUUUACCAGCCUUUUCACCCGUGAAACGGCUUCAAGUGCAAUCGCAAGAAUUCAAGGACCAUCAUCACGACAACCCUAAUCAUCCCCAUGAGGACAAUGCUGACGAAUUGGUUGACCGUCGCCACCGCAAAAACCACGUCACAGAAACCCAAGGAUUUGAGCCAUCCCCCCACGUCCGAGCAUCUCGUGUCGUCGAAGAUGGCAAGUCCCCUCCGAAUGCAUGGGCCAACGAUUCGUGGCGCCUGGUACUGGAGCUUAAAAAGUCCAAACUCGACAUUGCACGAGCACGAGAAUUUCAGCGCAAGCAGGACGUGAUCGCCGCUGCUCGCAAGCAGCGACUGUUGACAGCCGCCUCCAAAACACGAACGCAUGCCAAACUGGACAAGCAAACGAAGAAACUAGUCCACGAAGCCACAAGGGAUGCCAUCGAAUACCACAAAGUGCUUGAUACCAUUGAGAGGCAAACCAAAACCAAAAACAUCCAACACAUGCACGAACACGAACUCACGACGCGGUUUCUGCGUACGGGACAGCGCCAAAAGUGGCAUAAAGGCGCGUGGUUGGGCGAGGGGCCGUUUCCGUCCGCCGCCUACGUCCUGCCUCCCCCCGACACUCUCCCGUUUGUAUACGACGUCCACGGACGGAGGCACGAUGCCGCCCGCGCCGGGGACGUGACAUCGCAGAGCCUCUUUGACGCCGUGAUGACGAAAAUCCAGCGGGAAGCCGCCAAGGCCGGCAAGCAGUUGGUCGCGUACUUUCAACGGUACGACGUCGAUCGCAGCGGCACACUCACCACGGGGGAAUUCCGCCGCGCAUUGGUUGAUAUGCAUGUGGAUGCAAGUGACGAGCAAAUGGACGUGUUGUUUGCUUGGUUUGACCGCAACCACACGGGGGGUAUCGAUUACGGCGAAUUUUUGUGGAGUUUUUUCAACCGCCGCGCAUUUGCCAAGCAGUGGAAGGCCACAACAACGACGACCGCCACCAGCCGCCCGACGUCAAUGACGAUGGCACGCCUCGAACAAAUGUUUUACAAACACGACAGUCGACACAAUCGAGCGCUCACAAGUCGCGAUUUCUUCGUCGCCAUGAAAGAGCUCGGGUUUGCCUUUACUGCCAUGGACGAAGCGUUGCUCGUGCACCAGUUUGACGCGAAUGGCGACGGGUGUAUUGACUUGGACGAAUUCGUCGCCGCUUUUUCGUCCGCUGAGACAGACCACAAUGUCCAAAAUGAACGGAAAGACGGGCAUCCGCCACGGUCCGUCGAUCAUUCCAAACCCCACCAGAACGUUCAACAACAGCCUACCGUCACCCCCUCUCGCACCAAACCAAGGACUCAAACUACUGCUACUAGAAGGACUACUAGUAGUACUACUCCAACUACUAUCCAGGCCGACAUGGACGAACUGGCCCGCAUCCAACGCCGCCUCCACAGCUUGUUGCAGCAAUAACGCACAACAUAUAUAUCAUUUUUUAAUUCUAGACGUCGCCGGGUAUACUGUGGUAUA